UCAUCAUCAUCAUCAUCAUCAAUUUUUUUCAAUUUUUCAUCAACCUCCACCCAGCCCUCAAUUUCCUCCAAAACACACACUCACAUCCUCCACCCUAUCUACCUCUCUCUAAAUUCCUCACCUACCCCUCUUUCUCUCUCUAGAAAUAAAUUAAUUUUACUAAAAAUCUCUCCUUUCUUUUCUUUCUCUCUCUAAAACCGCAUCCAUGGACCCACCACCUCCUUCAUUAUUGAUCCAUCCACCACUCCCACCGUCCACCCCUCCACCACCCACCACCGCCAUCCCCUCCACCACUGAAACCACCCCCCAUUUAGCUCCUCUUCUCAACUCUGCCCCCACUGUAACUCAGCCUUCUUAUGCUGAGAUGAUAUAUUCAGCGAUUACAGCUUUGAAGGAACAAGAUGGGUCAAGCAGGAUAGCUAUAGCAAAGUAUAUAGAGAGAGCUUAUCCUGGCUUACCCUCAAAUCACUCUGAUUUGUUGACACACCACUUAAAACGUUUGAAAAAUAGUGGGGCGCUUGUUUUGAACAAGAAAUCUUACAUGUUACCCAGAUCUGACAGUAACGCAAACAUCACCACUACUACACCUACUGUCUCUACUAGCCCUACUCAGAUUCAGCCACAGCAUGCUGUUCCUGUCUCUUCUGCUCCUCCUGAGCAGAAAAGGGGCCGAGGAAGGCCUCCUAAAGCUAAGCUUAAUGGCCUCACUCCAACUCCUGCUCCUGUGCUUGCUAAUGGGCAGGCACAGACUGGUCUUGGCUUAAAUGUUGGUGUUACUGCUCAGCCUCUCUCGGUUGGGUUUCCUAUCGACCCCACCUCCUCGACGGUGAAGAAAGGCCGAGGACGGCCGAAGAAGGUGGCGGUGAGUGAAGCUGGGCCGUUAGCGGUGAACAAAGGAAAAGGGAGGCCACCGAAGACCGGACCUUUAGGGUCCAAGAAGAGUCCAGGAAGGCCCAGAAAGCCUAAGUCUUUGGUGGAUGCUAAAAAGGGCCCUGGACGUCCACCUAAGAAUCAGUUAAAGCCAGUGAACGUUCCUUACGCUGUUGCAGCUCCUACUGCUACUGCUACUGAUGCAGCAGCUAUGUUUAAUGUGGGAUCACCAAGGCCCCGAGGCAGACCCAGGAAGGGUGCAGCCCUAGCAGUUGCUGGUGUUGGUGCUGUGGUGGUGCAGGCUAAGCCACCAGGCCGCCCACCUAAGCUACCUGUAAUUAUGAAGCCUAAACCGAAGAAGAGUUCGGGCAGGCCUGUUGGCCGGCCAAGGAAGAAUGCAAAUGCACCAUGGGCAAUUACCAGAGCAUCUGAGCCUCAAGCACAGACAGAAUUACAUGGAGAUCUCAAGAGGAAACUUGAAUUUUUUCAAUCAAGAGUUAAGCAAGCCAUUGGGGUGCUAAAGCCUCACUUGACCAGUGCCACUAUCAGUGCAGUUGCUGCAAUCCAAGAAUUAGAAGGGCUUGCAUCAAUGGACAUUAACGUACCAUGGAGAGAGGAACCUCAACCACAAAUUCAACCACUGCCGCAGCCACUGCCACAAAUGCAGCCACUGCCACAAAUGCAGCCACUGCCACAGCCGCAGCCGCAGCCGCAGCCGCAGCCACAGCCACAGCCCCAACCGCAACCACUGCAGCAACUGCUCCAGAGCUAGGAGAAAUGUACGAGGAUCAUGAAUUUGUUCGUAAUGUUAGAAACCUCAUUGUCAGGAUCAGAGACUUGUAAGAAACUUUCUAACCAAGACAGGAGUUAAAAACCAAAAAAGUAUGUAAAGGGAAUUAGGGAGGACUAAUUGUUGUUGUGAAAAUGAGGAUGUAGUUUGUUGUUUAAGCGAGACCAUGGGUGACCAUGGAUUUCAUUGUCUGUUUUAGAUUUGAUAUGUCAUUAUGAUUUUAGUACAUUUGAACGAAAUUUGAAUUCCCCUAGUGUUAGCAGUGAUUUAUGUCAUAA